AUGCCUAAAUUAAACAACAACGAAGAAGUAAUACCUAAUCUUACUCGCAAACAAGAAAGAGAAUUAUUAAAGAUAGCCAAAGAAGGCAAAGGAAGGGCUAAAGCAAAUGCCAUCCGUUUGCUGGUUUGGUACAACAAAAAGAUAGUUAAAUAUAUUGCGAGAGGAUAUUCUUCUUUCGGAGGAAAAAUUGAUUAUGAAGAUUUGGUUCAAGAGGGAAUUAGUUCUAUACCAAAAGCUAUAGAAAAAUUUGAUCUCAAAAUGCCCUGGGGUGCCAGUUCUAAAGAAAAAAAAAAUCUAGUUUUCUAUGAUGGAAGUUAUCGGGAAGGUGACAAGGACGGUAGGCCUUAUUCCUUGGCGGAAAAUUUGAAUGAUAGUGAAAAUAUUGACCACGACAUGAGACAAGUUUGCCAAAGAGAUACUACAGUCCAAAUCAAUAAUCUAAUUAAUUCUCUAGGUAGCCGAGAGGAAAUUUUGCUGGCCAGAUCGUGGCAUAAAAUAGAACCCACUAAUUUAUUUGAUGUGUAUUGUGUGGCAACUGAGGAAGAGAAAGAAAUGUUAAAAAAAGAAAUGAAGUUAGGAAAAAAAUUUAACCCUAGUUUGCUUCAAAAAUACUCCUUAGAAGAUGAAGAGAAUAGAAGUCUAGUAGUUGCUAAAAAAUAUUUAGCACAGUUUACUAAAAAAUACAAGUCCUCGGAACUAGUUGAGUUGCUUAACAAGACUGAAAAUGCAGUUAGAAGGCUCAAACAAGAAGACUUAAAAAUGAACAUUAUGGAGAAAGAGAAUCUUUUCACUACUGCUUCUUCCAACUUUCUUAUUGAUUUUAUUCCUGGGCAAGACGCUUUUGUAAUCAGACUUCUGACAAGGAAAAAAUUAAACUUGUCUGGAAAGACGGUAAUGGAUGAGUUUGCUUGCGGCGGAACUGGAUUGCUGGCGAACACCGGAAUAGUUACUAAUAUCCAUAACUUUCGGCAUAUUACCGGCGGUUCUUCCUCAGGAUCAGCGGUAGCAGUAGUCAAAAAAAAGGCUUUAUUCUCUUUAGGUAGUGAUACUGGAGGCUCAGUUCGACAACCUGCUGCUUACUGUGGAGUAAUUGGAUUUAAGCCUUCGCAAGGUUCAAUUUCUCGAUAUGGUCUAAUCCCCAUGGCUUCCUCUUUGGAUACGGUAGGAAUUCUAGCCGAUUCAGUAGCCACGGUAAAAAAAGUUUUCUCGAUAAUCUCUCAACCUGACCCGAACGAUCUUUUGACUAUUGCUUCCAAAAAAAACGAUAUUAAGCCUAUUUCUUUUUCGACUGUUAAGAAAGUGGCUAUUUUAAGAGAAGUAGAAAGAUACUUAUCCCCUAAAUUUGUUGGACUGUAUCAGAAGUCAAUUAAUAUCUUGAAAAAAAAUAAAUGUCAAUUCGGAACUAUCCAAAUCCCCUCAGAAAUUCGAGAAAAUCUCCAAUUGGCCUACCUAAUUAUUUGUUCCGGAGAGUUAGUUAGCCAUUUGAAUUCCUGUCAAGGAAUAACUUUUGGAAAAAAGAUGGGAGAUACGAAAGAAACAGUUCAGCAAGUCAGAAGCGAAUGUUUAGGAAAAUCAGUAUUCCAGCGUUUAACACUAGGAAGUUAUUUUCUUCAAAAAAAGGAAGUCUACGAUCAUGCCUGUUUCUUUCGUCAAAAGGUUCAAAAUUGGACCAAGAAAAUUUUUUCUGAGUAUGACUUUUUGCUCUUUCCUAGCCCAAACAGUGAAGCACCGAGAGUUGAAAGUAGCAGUUUCUUUUUUGUCGGAAGCAAAACUCAUUGA